AUGGAAAAAAAGGUUGAAGAGAAAACAAUUCAAAAGAUUGUUGAAAUAAAACAAGAACCGGCAAAGAAACCCCAGGCUCCUUCAGCUGAACAGUCAAAGAAACAGAAUGGAUUCUACCAUAUUAAUGAGUACUUAGAAGAGAAUAAGUGGAUAACUAAUGCAAUGCAUACAGGAAAGCCUCUUUCUUUGUGCCUCGAAGAAUUGGAUGAGAUGCACGCUGAAGCAAAAAGGCAACAACAAAUGAAAGCUGUAUCCUCUGCUCAGGCAAGAAAGCUAUCCGUGCGCAGAUAUUCACGAAGAACAGCAGAAGAGCCAGUUCCACUUUCUACGUUGAGAAACAAAGCUGCCAAAAGAUAUAAGGAAUGUGGUCUCUUAACACAACCAAUUCCCAAAGAUAUAGAUCAUGAAGAGAUACUGAUGAGCAUACAUACUCGAAGAAAACAAUACAUCAAUGAAAAACUGGAAACAAUUUACAGCCUGUUAUGUGGAGUUGUCAAUAUGAAAUGCAAGGAUCUCAAACGUCUUAUGCCAUUGCCUAAUACAUAUGUGGAGUUUCUGCUGAAAGGACCAGAACAUGGGGAGAAUCCAUUUCCUUUAGGACUCGAACAGUUGCUAAGGAUUAGCCGUCAAAAGAUGAGCAAAUGUUACCCAUCGAUGCUAUUGACUCCAAAGGAAUUGAGGACUCGCGAUCUUGCAUGGAAGACAUUUCUCUGCGAUGAUAAUAAAUUACCCAGUUCAGCUGAAUGUCGUAGAACAUCACAAGGGCUUAGCAUGACGGCAGCAUCAUUGAAAUCAGAGUUAACUGAAACUGAAGUUGCAGUGUUUGAACUUCCACCGUGGUUAGCACUCAUUGAAGCCAAGAACACUACAGAACUGCGCUUUCGACAGAAAUUAAGAGAGAGCAAAGAUACAAUUCAAACUUUGAAAGCAACAUUUGCAAAUUUACAGAAAACCAUGGCCAAGCUGACCCAGAGGAGAAUACUGUUAAAAAAGGAAAAUCGUAAGGUCAGAAUGGAUGCCAUUCUACAGCUCCUCGAUAUUAGCCCUGAGGUGGACUUUGGAACGAUGAUUAAUUCAAUCGAUCAUGACACUAAAGUUUUAGAACCACCCAAGCACCCACCCCUUUGGUUCACCAUACUAAUGAAUGAGUGCCUAGAAUUUGGCACCCCAGAAGAAACCAAUCCCCUGUUAGAGAAACUAUCAUUUUUCCACCACUUUACUGCAAGUUGUGUACCUUCUGCUGAGGAGAAGUUAUGCCUUUUGGCAGUUUCCCUUCCAGCCCACCAGCUCCUUAAGCUUGCAGUUCAGGAUGCUUUGCUGUUUAUCGUGCAAUGUAUUUUCAAGUGUUCGUCAAAACACGUGAAGCAGUGGUAUCAGUAUAGGAAACUGCCCUUUACAUUAAUUUGUGGGCAGUAGAGAGGAAUGCACUUUGUUGGUCAAAAGGGAUGCAGAUUACUGAGCACAUCAAGGUGUAUGGAAAAGUACACCUUUUAAAUGUAAUUUUUGCAAUUUCACUCUGCGGGUU